AUGGCGCCUUGGAGGAUACGUGCUACCAUGGACGAGAUUGACGUUGCUCGUAGAUAUGCCGGACAUCCGACGAUAUUCUCUGUCCGAUUACACCAUGGUGGACAGUUUACAAAGUUCCCUGGAAGAAAGUACAUCAAAGGCAAGCAAAAUUAUGUUGAUUUACUAGACAUUGACACCUUUUCCAUUCACGACAUUGACGAGAUGAUGGAGGAACUUGGGCAUAUUGAUUCAGACGAAACACUACUCUAUUAUCAUUUCCUGAGACCAUUUGGCGAUUUGGAUUUUGGGUUAUUUGCUUUGGGUUCAGAUCAGGAUGUUCAUCAUCUGGGUACGUAUGUUGCUAACCAUAAGGUAAUAGAUGUAUAUAUUGAGCAUGGGAAAACAAAUUUACAUACUUAUUCUAUGUCCCCCAACCCUAGUAAGGUUAAAAUUGUUGAAAUUAAAGAGCCACCAGCUUGCUCCAAACAGUUGUUCUUGGAGUGGAAUGACUCUCCAAUUGAGCAUGAGAGUGUUCCAGACCUAACAGAAGUUGAGAAUGAUAGUCAUUUGGACAAAGAACCAUCUUUGGUCGACCAUAUUGAAUUUGAAAUGAAUGUAGAGAAUGAGGAUGAUUAUGAUGGUAGUGGACACAACAAUGGCAGUGGAAAUGAUGAGUUUGAUGAUGAUAGUGAGAGUGAAGAUAGUGAUUUUUUUAUUGAUGAGGACAAUCUCAUACACGAUGUUGAUGUGGAUAUGAAAGAUAGUGAUUUUUUUAAAGCAUGUUCAAGGAGAUUAUGCCAGCCAGUACAGGUUGUUAAGGGAUUAUGUUUUAGAGGAAGACCAAAGAAGAAGAGAACAAUAUCAAUUGUUGAAAAGGAGGACUUUGUUAGAGGAAACACAGCAUCAAGGGCCCAUAGAUCAGUAACAUGUACGAAGUGUAACAAUGUUGGUCACAAUGCAAGAACCUGCAAAGGGCAAAGACCAAUUGUUGGUGGGGGUGGUGGACAAUCACAAGUAAAAGGAAAAGGGAAAGGGAAGGCAACCACUUGA